ACUGACACAGUCGGAACGUUAGUAUUAAACUGUGUGUGCGGGUGAUACCUUGCAAUUGUAAAGGUAUGUUGCAAGCGGUUCGGUGGUGCUUCAUCUAUAUCUAUAUUGUUAGUGGUAACUGCAAUACGUUCCGCGUUUAGAAUUUCUCUUAGUUUAACAACCCUGGCUACCCACAUGGCUUUAGGACUGAGCUCCGGCAGUACCGGAGCCCAUUCUGACACUUCUUCGUCUCCUGGCAUAUCCGUGCCGAUACCAGUGGUGCCAACGGCGGCUGUGUUACCAAACCCUUUGUUCGCUUUGCCCACACUUAACUUUACAGUGCACCAAGUGGCGGCCGUUUGUGAAACUCUGGAGGAAAGCGGUGAUAUAGAACGUUUGGCUAGGUUCUUGUGGUCUUUGCCGGUGGCGCAUCCCAACAUAAGCGAGCUGAACAAGAACGAGGCCGUGCUUAGGGCCAAGGCCAUAGUGUCCUACCACAGCGGAAACUUCCGCGAGCUCUACAACAUCCUGGAGAGUCACAAGUUUACCAAGAGCUCGCACGGGAAGCUGCAGGCGAUGUGGUUGGAGGCGCACUAUCAGGAGGCGGAAAAACUCCGAGGACGGUCUUUGGGCCCAGUGGACAAAUAUAGGGUGAGGAAAAAGUUCCCGUUGCCCAGGACCAUAUGGGACGGUGAGCAGAAGACGCACUGCUUUAAGGAGAGGACGAGGAGUUUGUUGAGGGAGUGGUACUUGCAGGAUCCAUAUCCGAACCCUACGAAGAAGAGAGAGCUUGCUCAGGCCACUGGUUUGACGCCUACACAGGUGGGAAAUUGGUUCAAAAACAGGAGGCAGAGGGAUAGAGCAGCCGCCGCUAAGAACAGGAUGCAACAACAACAACUAGCUUCCCAACUGGCUCACCACGGAGGCUCUGCACGACCACCACCGUUAAGCCCUACACCCUCAGACAGCGACUCCGACAUCUCACUAGGCUCACAUACGCCGCCAAGUACAUCCCCAGGUCCCCUCCUCUUCGGUAGAACUUCUCCCAACCCCAUAACCAGCUUCCGGUUCGGUCCACACUCCCCCGGACCUAUGCCCUCCCAAUUCCACUUCGGCAACCACAACCCCAACUUCAGAAUGGACAGGCAGUCACCCCCUCAACCUAACUUCAGGGUGGACAGGAAGAUGAUGAGCAGCCCAGACUCAGAACCCUCCGGCACCUACCACCACUCCAGUUUACGGCUGGAACACAACGAAUCGCCGAUAGAUGUCGACUCGAACAAGACCUCGAGUCCUGUCAGAGUUGACAGCCCUCCUCCACGCCAUGGCUUGCGUCAAUCGCCUCCACCUAUGAACCUGAUAAUGCCAGACAGUCUGAGGAUGAACCAAGAGCUUGGGAGUGUCAAGAUCGAGACGCCUAUGGCUUUGAGGUUAGGUAACCCUCAACAAUUACCGUCAGACCACCAGUUAAGGAUCCAAGUGAGCUCUCCGAGCAAAGUGUUGAAUCAUCCCUCAUCUCUUCUUGGUCUCUCCCACAUCAAUGGGGGUAUUAUGAGAAUAGCGGGACCUCAAGCUGGUAGCAACCCCCAAAAUUUGCAUAGACCGUUUUCUCCCGCGAGGUUAACGUGAUACACGCCACUGGAGUGGGACGAACUGUAAAUUACGACUCGAUGCAAUAUUGUACAUUUUAGGUUAUGUAUCUAUAGAUAUAUAUAUAAAAGCUUGUGUAAAGUUUCUUUGUAAAUAUUGUGAUUUUAAUCUUAAGCGAAUUGUGAAAUUUGGAUUAGGUGAUCUCCGUUGUUAUAACGCUCUAUCUCUAGUCAAUUUUUUAUCUUGAAAGAAAAUAAUGUGUGAUCUAGGUUUUGAGAAAAUUCAGGUUUUCAUUUUUAGUAUCCCUAAAAAGUAUCUUUUCUUCUCUUGAUUUUAUUGGAAAUUGAACAUUUCUGAAUGAGUUACAAACUUUCUGAUUGAAUCCUCAUAAUUUACUCUUACAUAUAAAAAAAAACAUUAAAAAUAAAAAUUAAAAAAAAAAAACAAAUCCAUUGAAAUUAAUUUACAGAAUUCUUCAGGGGUUACUUGUACAUAAAUUUUAAUUGAUGUUGUUUAAAUAUACCGGAUGAUUUUUUUUUUAAGUUGUACAAGUCAAGAAUCUCGAAAAGGAAAAUCACCCGGUAUGUUUUAUAGGUAUUUCACUCAAUCAGAAAAAAAGAUUAUUGAAGAGAA